AAAUUCACUGCAUUUGUGAAAGAAAUAAUAUACCAUGUCAGUAUCUAUCUUCUGUAUAUUGAAAAUAAGUAGUUUGUAUGUCUGCAGAAAAAGAACAAUGCAUUUUUAUUUAUUUGGUAUAUGAUAUUUGCAGGUUAACAUUAGACAGAAUGCAAGGCUAAUAUAUUCCUCUCUGACAGGUUACCAUGGUGACCAGUUUAGGGACCUUGGAGGAAGGUUGUAAAUGACUAACCCAGCAAAACAAAACUAGAAAUGUAUUAAUAGUUCAUGUGUUAAUUGGAACCACAGAAAAAGUGCAGCUUGAGGGAAUGAAAAAGGAAAUCAUUAACAGUGGAAGUGUGUGGGAGAUGGGUUUGAGGCUGGAAGUAUGUGUGCCUACAGCACCCACCUGAUUGCUUUGACCUUAUGGGGAGUGGAGGAGGUAGGGUAAAUCAUAGGGUAAAUCAUAGGGUAAAUCAUAGGGUAAAUCAUUUUUACAUGAUCGUAGUUUUAAGGCAUAGAAGAUAACAUUUCUCCAAAAUGCCCUUAUGUUAGUAAUUGCCCCUCUUUUAUAAAUAAAUGUAUGAAGAUCUUAAGAACGAUAACACUACAUACCCAAGAGCUGAGAGGCCUGUGUCAGGAACCCCCCCCCCCUGCCCUUCCCCGCGGCACACGCCUCCCACCUGAAGGGCAGCUGAGGCUCGGCCCUUACCGGAACCUUCUCAUCUCAGCGCCAUGCCGCUCCGCACUGGUCUCACCUGUGUGGACAAAUGCAGGAGCGCCCUUGUAAAGAGAGAGGCUGACAGGGUAUAAGAUGGAGGGAGUCAGUCUCACCAGAGGAGUCAAUAUUCACUCAGUAACAAAUAAAAGUGAUGGAGAGGAGGACUCCGCUCAUCAGUGGACUGCACCCACCAAUGAGAGGCUUCCGUUCACUGGCAAGAACUUGUGGAAACCAUGGCAACAUGCUCGUGCCAGGAUCAAAGCUUCCUUAUACAGACUCUGGGGUGUCCUCGGCACUCUGGGGGGGUUUGACUGGUACUGCUUUGGUGCCCUGGGGAUCCUCACAGCUCUCAUGAGCUUCCUUAUAGACCUGAAUGUGGCCAAGCUGCUGGAAGCGCAUCGCUGGCUAUACGAGCAGCUGCAGGGACACCUGCUGCUGCAGUUCCUCUGCUGGAGUUUGUACCCCACUGUCCUGUGCACCCUGUCCACUGCCUUCACGCACAGCAUCAGCCCUAACUCUGCAGGCUCUGGUUUGCCAGAGGUGAGAACCAUAAUAUCAGGCCUGGAGUUCCCAGAGUUCCUGUCUCUGUCAAACCUAUUCGCCAAGCUGGUCGGCCUCACCUGCACUCUGGCAGCGGGAAGCGUGAUCUUCUUGGGCAAAGUGGGCCCAUUUAUUCAUCUGUCAACCAUGGUGGGUGCAUUCUUGGACCGGCUUUGCGUCUCAUUUCAUGGAAAGAGAGAGUUCAGAGCACAGAACAAGAUGCUUAUUGCCUCAGCUGCAGUGGCAAUUGCCAGCUGUUUCGGGGCUCCAGUCAGUGGGGUGCUUUUCAGCGUGGAAGUGAUGAGCGUCCAUUUCACCGUGCAUGACUACUGCCGUUGCUUCCUGUCCGCUGCCUCUGGGGCACUGACCUUCCGCCUCCUGCCCGUCUGGAGCAGGGAGCAAGAGACCGUACAGGCUCUUUUUAAGACCAGCUUUUCUACUGACCUGCCUUAUUGCCCCCCGGAGAUCCUCGUUUUCGCCCUCCUGGGGUUGCUCUGUGGAGUCUGGACCUGUGUUUUCCUGCACUUUCAUCGCUGGAGCCUCCUUUUCAUUCGGACCAACCAAGUCAUAAGCAAGAUACUAGCCACAGAAAAGGCCGUCUACUCAGCAAUGGUUGCCUUCCUGCUGGCCCUAGUUACAUUCCCUCAUGGUUUAGGCCGUUUCAUGGCUUCCACGCUCUCUAUGAAGCAGCUUCUUGCGUCCUUCCUACACAGUCAGCAGUGGAAGCCCGUAUUGCAAAAUGUGUCCGUGCCGUUGCCACCGGGGGCGCCAGAGAGCAUGUGGCUGGAGUGGAGUCCCGCUGGGACCUCUGUUUUGUUCACUCUGGUGGUCUUCCUUGGUAUGAAGCUCUGGAUGCUGGUCCUGGCCAUGACGCUACCUCUCCCCUUAGGCUUCUUCAUGCCCAUUUUCCUAUACGGCGCUGCUAUUGGACGGCUGGUGGGAGAGGGGCUGGCCUGGAUGUUUCCAAACGGAAUAGAGUCUGGGGAGAUCGUCAGGCCCAUAAAUCCAGGGGGCUACGCACUGGCCGGUGCUGCAGCCUUCUCGGGUGCCAUGACACACACACUGUCUCCUGCUCUCCUGGUGUUAGAGCUGACAGGCCAGUCCACACACGCCGCGCCCACGCUGCUGGCUGUGCUGCUGGCCAACGCCGUGGCACGCUCCAGCCACCGGCCCUCGCUUUAUGACAACGUCUCCCUCAUGAAGAAGCUGCCGCACCUGCCCUCGUUACUGCGUACCCAACCAGAGCUGUCCUUUGUCCAGCUUUGGCAGGUUUGGUAUUCUGGUGAAGAGGCACAUGAUGGAAGGGGAGGAGCUGCAGAGAUGGUGCUUGAGAGGGACAGUGGAGCCACAGAGGUGCGCCGGACCCUGUCCUCCAGCUCCGAGGCAGAGUUCCCUGUAGUGGAAUCAUACGAGUCUGGAGUUCUAUUGGGUUCUGUACAUAGAUCUGAACUGGAGAAGUUCCUGUACAGCCAGACCGACGGGCCCAGUGGACUGGAACUGGACAUCUUGGGACAAUGUUUGGGAAAUGUGUGUUCAAUUCAGCCAGUCACUGUACAUCUCUCUACCCAGACAACAGUCCAACAGGCUCAUAGUGUAAUGAGUGUACUGAACAUACAACUGGGCUUUGUGACAGACAAUGGCAAACUCUCUGGAGUCAUUACCUGGACAGAGCUGAAGAAAAUGAUUGAGCGUUUGGCUAAAGGAGAAAUCAAACAAAACAAUGGCUAGUGUGACAGACCAGUAAAUCCAGUGAGAAGGACUGAGCAAGACCAGCCGUGUGAAUUUCCAUAGCAGACCGAUGCCUGAAGACCCCACCUGAGCUAAAGACUGGGACAUUACAAAUGACUAGAUGAGCGAAACAUCAAUGCACCCCCCCCCCCAGCAUCUCACACCCUUAUGUUUAAUAGCUCAGGGCUGUGCAGGACAAGAGCUUGUGCUCUAGUGGUUAAAGCUUUGCAUAGUUUAUCCAUAGAACUAUGGUUUUAUUUAGCUUUUUCAUUCCUUUCACCUUCCUUAAGGGGAACAGCCUAUUGCAGCAGAAUCGGUGGCCAGGUUGUAUUGCUUUCCCUAGUGUCUCCAUGUGCCCUUCCGAAUUCUCUUCACCAGUCUCUCUUCACCAGUCUCUCUUCACCUGUCUUUCUUCACCAGUCUCUCUUCACCAGUCUCUCUUCACCAGUCUCUCUUCCCUCCAUUGUUUGUCUCUCACUGUCUCCUCUUGUCUCUCCACUAUUUUACAAUUUUAUGCAAAAAUCUUAAAUACCAUUUGUGUUUAUAUCUCCCACACAAUGAGACAAACUACUUGUAAUUAAGCAUUAAUAGAAAAGAUUAAUAUGGAACUAAAACGUCUUUUUCCUAUGUCUAUUCUGAUCUCUCCUUCCUGCUUUUAAAUGUCCCCAUCGCUGAGUUGUGGAUGAAGGCUGAUAGACUGGCAUUGUUAAGGCAUUAGUAAAGAUCAGACAUAUAAUUCUGCACACUAGAUUCCAAGCUUGAGUGGAAUUUCCAGGAAGUCAUGCCUUGUUAUAGCAGCAGUGACAGACUGACAAACACCACAACCAAAUGCCAAUAGCCACUUUGAGCUCUCAGGAAAAAACACUCUAAUGAUCAGUUCACCUCUCUGGUUGUUGCACUGAGAAAAUAGCCAGUUGCUAAAAUAAGGACAUGUCAAUAAAAUACUAGAUGAUGCCUUUUGCUGCAAGUGACACGUAAUAAUAAAUACAUCCAAUAAACAAACUGGGCCAUUUA